UAUUGUCAACCUCGAAUCUUUUUUCUUUUCCUCUUUUUCUUUCGUUUUCCAUUUUUCCUUAGAAUCAUUCGACUCCCUCACCAUCACUCUUUCCACCCAAUUCUCUUCUUCUAUAAACUGAAGUGUUGUGAUUUCUAAAAACUCUUUUUGUGUACUCAUCUUCGAACUACAAGUUAAUCUAGUACAUUCCAAGUUCGAAAUCCAAAAUCAUCCAAUUCUUUGCCUAUAAACUUUUUCUCUUUGUGUUUCAAUUAUCAUUUUAAUAUAAAGUUCUCAAGUUUUCUCACUGAACAGUUCAAAUGAAAUUAAAUCAACCAACCAAAUUAUUUGUUCUUGUGAAUCAAUAAACAGAAUUUAUAAACUCGAACUCGAUGUCACUCAACUAUCUUCCCGCUCGAACGUAAGCAUUUUACAAACUUUCUCUCUCUCUCUCUCUUCCUUGUCAUCAUGAUGAUGAUUAAAUCCAAAGUGAUGAUUCCCGAAAAACGUUGUGCCCCUAGAAGGAUGAAUUCUCCUUGAAGAAGAAAUUCCAAUGUUAAUUGUUAUUAGAAUAAACGAAAAACAAUAACUGAACAUAUUAAGAGAAGAAGAUGUUAGAUGAGAGAGUUGAUUCCGCUUACAAUACAAUCGAAUGGUAUCAAUUUAAAACCGGAAAGACAACGUUUCCAGCACCCACUCAGUUGAAGGUAAAUCUUCACCUUGACUGGCCUCCGAUUUAACAGCAGAAAGAAAGAAAAACACCCAAACGAAAUAAACGUAAAUCAAGAGCCGAAAAAUAAAAAAAUUAUCAGCAUUUUGAGAAUUGACUAAGUUGGAAGAUGAACAAUUAACUCUAUGGACUAAGGAGAAGAAGGAAAAAUGUCACAAACUCGUAAUUGUCACGAUUACUUUUCCACCGGAAUUUAAGGUUAAUCCUCUGGCCUUUCCUUUUCCCUGGUUUCUCAAGUCAUAUAAUCAAGGGAAAUACAAACUAAUUAUAUUUAUAUACUUGAAAGAGAGAUAGAUCAAUCUAAUCGUUGACAAUGUACGAAAAUCAAGAAAACAAGAGGAAGAUACGAGUUCGCAUGUUAGAUGGAUCGGUAAAAACGGUGUUGGUUGAUGAUAGUCAAAAUGUAGCCAAUUUAAUGGUCGUUAUUUGUACCAAAAUCGGAAUUACGAAUCAUGAUGAAUAUUCCUUGGUACGAGAAUUACCUGAGGAUAAAAAGUCGGCCAGUUAUUCAACUGGUACAUUAACGUUACGUCGAGAUAAAAAAGAUCGAGAUAAAACAAUCGAUGCUAAAAUGGAACAAUUAAAGAAAAAAUUGAAAACCGAUGAUGAUCUUAAUUGGGUUGACCAUUCAUUAACUUUAAGUGAACAGGGUAUAGCUGAAGAUGAAACUUUACUUCUUAGGCGAAAAUUUUUCUUCUCCGAUCAAAAUAUUGACCAAAGAGAUCCAGUUGAACUUAAUUUACUUUAUGUUCAAACUCGUGAUGCAAUUAUCGCUGGUACUCAUCCGGUUGCCGUUGAGGAAGCUUGUAAAUUUGCUGGUAUUCAGUGUCAGAUACAAUUUGGUGAUCAUGUUGAAGGGAAACACCGAACUGGUUUCUUAGAUUUAAAAGAAUUUCUUCCCAAAGAUUAUGCCAAAAUGAAGGGAAUCGAGAAGAAAGUUUUCCAACAGCAUAUGAAACACGCUGGUCUCACCGAAUUAGAAUCAAAGGGAAAAUAUGUCCAAUUAGCGCGAUCAUUGAAAACUUAUGGGGUCACUUUUUUCCUUGUCAAAGAGAAAAUGAAUCGUAAAAAUAAGCUUGUUCCCCGUUUACUUGGUGUAACCAAAGAAUCGGUUUUACGAUUAGAUGAGAAGACGAAGGAAAUUUUAAAAACGUGGCCAUUAACUACCGUUAAACGAUGGGCGGCAUCACCUAACUCAUUUACUCUUGAUUUUGGUGAUUACGCUGAUUCUUAUUAUUCAGUUCAAACCAGUGAAGGUGAACAAAUUUCCCAAUUAAUUGCUGGUUACAUUGAUAUUAUCUUAAAAAGGAAAAAGGCUAAAGAUCAUUUCGGUAUUGAAGGUGAUGAAGGAUCAACCAUGGUUGAAGAUUCAGUUUCACCUUAUAAAGCAACGGUACUUCAAUAUUCAACCCUUUCUAAAGGCGCUCAACCUGAGAUGAGUAAUAUCGCCAUGCCUGCAAUCCUCCGUGCUGGAACCAAUGGUUCACAGGCCAUUGUAACCAAUGAGAUUCCAUCAGCGUCUAUUACUUCAGUUAAAGGUACUGCACACGUUGGUCAUUCCGCUCCAUCGGGAAUCGGAGCUAAAGUACCUCAUAUUUACACUAAUGGAACUCCAAGUCCACAACGAGCUCUUAUUACCACAACGGAAACUUGUCGAAUCACAAUUGCCAGAGUUGAGAAAGAUUUAGAUGAACCAACCGAUGGACCAAAUUAUCAAAGCUCAGAUUCUUUAUCAAUACAAUCGAAACGUGAUCAGUUAGAUGUUAAAAGAUCCGCUGUUUCGUCACAAUUGUCCGCCAUGAAUGCAGCGACAGCAAAAAUUGUCACUCUCACCUCGGUUCCUGAAAAUGAGAUCGACGUGUCCGCUUUGGAUGCUGCUCUUUCAACUAUAGCCACAAAUUUACCUGAAAUGUCAAAAGAUGUUAAACUAAUCGCUUCCCUAAUGGAUGAUGAUGGUAAAGGUGAUGGUCUAAUUGAAGCGGCCAAAAAUUUGUGUAACGCUUUCUCUGAUCUACUUAAAGCAGCCGAACCUGGUACAAAAGUACCAAGACAAACUCUUCUUUCGGCUGCCAAUCGAGUUGAAACUGCUUCCUAUUCCGUUUUAUCAACUAUUAAUGAGGAAUAUGAGGUUUACGAUAAGGAGACAUCGGAAAUUUUACUUAGCGUUGCUGGUCGUUGUUCUCAAGCGCAAGGAUCCGUUGAUACAAUUCUCGAUGCCACUGAUCGUCUUUUCAGUAACUCUUGUGAUCCACCGGAAAUCAUUCGCCAAGCAAAAGUUUUAGCUCACGCUACGAUUCAAUUGAUUAUUGACAUUAAAAGUAAUGCUAGAGAUCAACAAGAUGGUGAUAUUCAACGGCGAUUAUUGGCCGCAGCAAAGGCUCUUGCCGAAGCAUCAACCCGAUUGAUGAAAGCUGCCAAAAGCUGUGCCACAAAUCCCGAUGAUUCUGAAUCACAAAGUAGCCUAAGAAAAGCAGCCGAAGAUCUUAGAUUAGCUGCAACCACCAGUGUACUAAGUGAGAAAGUAAUCAACACCCGAUAUCAUCAAGUAUCAACAUCAUCUUCACCUUCACCCCGAUAUCCAGCCAAUGUUGCCUGGUCAAAUGCAGUGUCCACCGUGAGCGGUAUAAUUGGUGAUCUUGAUACGACAAUCAUGUUUGCCACUGCGGGUACACUUAACCCUGAAAAUGAGGUUGACAAUUUUACAACAAAUCGACAAACCAUUUUAAGAGCAGCUAAAGCUCUGGUUGAGGAUACAAAGUCUUUGGUACUUGGAGCAGCAUCUAAUCAGGAACAAUUAGCCGAUGCAGCUCAAAAUGCUGUAACCACAAUUGUCCACCUUUCUGAUACAAUUAAAUUAGACGCUGCAUCUCUUGGUUCAGCUAAUUUAGAGGCUCAAGUUUUACUUUUAAAUGCAAUUAAAGACGUUGCCUCAGCUUUAGGUGAUUUAAUCCAUGCAACUAAAUCCGCUUCAGGUAAAGACAAUGAAGAUCCAGCAAUGGUUCAGCUUAAAGAAUCAGCAAAGGUUAUGAUAAACAAUGUAACUUCACUACUGAAAACUGUUAAAAUCGUUGAAGAUGAACACCAGAGAGGAACACGAGCUUUGGAAUCGACAAUCGAAGCCAUUGGUCAAGAACUUAAAGUUCUUAACUCAUCUGACCCACCAAGUAAAAAGGGUUCACCAGAGGAUCUUCUUAGAGUCCAUAAGCCCGUUACAUUGGCCACAGCUAAAGCGGUUGCCGCUGGAAAUAGUGGUAAACAGGAUGAUGUUAUUGUCGCCGCUAAUAUGGGACGAAAAGCCAUUUUCGAUCUACUCGUAACAACCAAACAAUGUGCUCACACAGCUGAUUCACCCGAAUUAACCCAACGUGUCCUUGAUACUGGACGAAAUUGUGCCCAUAAAUAUCAGUCUCUCCUUGAAUUGGUUCUCCAAUGUAUCCAACGGCCAAACGGUGCUUCAGGCGAAGAGAAACAAAUGCUGAUUGAAAAAUCUCGAAACAUCGCUUCAUCCGUUACCGAAAUUGUCUCUUGUGUCGAGGCUCUUAAGGGAACCGAUUGGGUCGAUCCCGAUGAUCCAACAGUUAUCGCUGAGAACGAACUACUUGGUGCUGCUUCGUCCAUUGAUGCCGCUGCUAAGAAAUUAGCUCAACUCCAACCUAGACGAACAAGUAUAAAGCUUCCUCAUGAAGAUCUUAAUUUUGACGAGAUGAUUUUGGAAGCAGCCAAAUCAAUUACUACCGCAACCUCGGCUCUGGUUAGAGCUGCUUCAGCAGCUCAACGUGAACUGGUCACCACUGGUAAAGUUUCCCGUCGACCAAUAUCAACCUCAGAUGAUGGCCAAUGGUCAGAAGGGCUAAUCUCAGCAGCCCGACACGUUGCUGCUGCGACACAUUCACUUGUUGAAGCGGCCAAUUCUCUUGUUCAAGGUCAAGCCUCAGAAGAACGAUUAAUAUCAUCGGCUAAACAAGUUGCCUCCUCAACGGCUCAACUUUUGGUUGCAUGUAAAGUAAAAGCAGAUUCAGAUUCCAAGUCAAUGGUUCGCUUACAAGGUGCUGGUAAUGCAGUUAAAAAGGCAACCGAUAAUCUGGUUAAAUCUGCACAACAAGCAAUUCAACAUGAUGAAGAGCAAAGUAUCGUAAUCAGCCAGAGACGAGUUCCAGUAAUUGCUCAGGAAAUUCUUGCUCGAGAAGAGAUCUUAAGAAAAGAGAGAGAACUGAAAGAUGCACAAGAAAAAUUAACGGCAAUUCGUAAAGCGAAAUACACUUUAAAAAAGCACGAAGAGUACCAUGAAUACCAUAGUGAAGCGUCUUACACUAGUUCACCUUCACCAAUUAAUUGAUUCUAAUUGAUUAACAAGCGAAUAACAUUUACAUCUUAUCUCAUCAAAUAAUCAUUACCAAUAUACCACCACCAGUACCAAUAACAUCGUCAUCAUCAUCAUCUUCAUCACCUUCAUCAUCAUCAACCUCGAUGUCUUCCUCCAAUGUUACCAUACAAACGCAUAUAUUUUUCAAAUUUGUAUCCAAACAAACAAACCAAUUCAUUUACACAAUUGACAAAGAAACGCAAACACAUUCAACUGGACGAUAUCAAUUAACUCGAGUGACAAAUUGCCGCUUUGUGUGUGUUUGUUUACCGCAAGAUAUUAUGAAAAGAUUAUCGAAACACAAUGAUUGCCUUAUUUAAAUUAAUAUGACAAAGUUAUAAUUACAAUUAACCAGAGGGAAAAGGAAAAGGAAAUGAGAUGUUUAAGAUGAUGGAGCAAUAGAGAGACAUGAUCAAGAAAAUUGUGAACCAGGAAACAAAAAGGAACUGAAUCAAAGAUGAAAUUUCAUCUCAUGAACAUCACGAAGAAAAAAACUAAUGUCAUUCACCAAUAUCUCUCAUCUGAUCUCCUUUUAAUUUGCACUCACCUGAAUUUACAAUUUAACAAAGUAACAAUCAAAAUCCAUUGGAAAUUUAAAAAGCUUCUGAUUAAACAAUCAACAAAUGGAAUCAAACUGAAUCACUAUUGGAAUUGGGAUGCAAAGGAAAAAUCAAUCAACUCUCUCACCAAUUAACUAACAAUGUUUUUCUCGUCAGAAGCUUUUGUAUCUCAUAUUAUCAAUCAAUUAGUUAAUUGAUGAGCUUUCAUCGAGUCAAUUAAGUUUUACAAACAAAUCACUCUCACUCUCUCAGUCUUAAUCUCCCACCCUCAAUAUCAUUAUUAUCCUAUUGAAUUAUCAUCAUCACUCAUUGUUUUGCAAUUUCUUUGUCAUAAUUAGUAGAUUCCCUUAAUUAUAAUCAAUCUAAUCCGUUGAUUAAGCAUGUAUCCUAAUAAGAAAUGAAAGCAACAAUAUCAAUUAUUUUUUACAAUUAAUUGUUAAUCAUUCAACUGUUUUAGCAAAAAAAAAAACAAAUCGCAUACACUUUAAUACAUAUUAAUCAAAUUAAGCAUUUAAUUUAGUUGAUCAACAAGCAAGAGAUUCAAUGUAUAUCAUUUAAUUAAUUUUACUCUUUUGUCAAUUUAAUUUAAAACCAAAAUCAAUAAUCAAAAACACUCGAUGACAAUUAAUUAAUUAUAUAAUUUAAUGAACAA